AUGAAAACAGCCCUUUUUUCUAACGCUCUUUUUUGUGGACUCGUUGUGGGGGAACUUACUGUUAGAGAGCUGAGAACUGCUUUUGAGAAUUCUAGAGAUGGAAUUAACAGAUAUCUUAACGACAACUUCCAAUUUCUCCCAUACGAGCAUCUAACAGAAUUCGACGAAUUCACCUCGAUUGGAUCAAAACUCGACUCCAAAAACUCGCGAAUUCUUCCAAAAAACAUCCCGGGCGCCCUGUCGCUUUUCAAAAAGCUCAACAUCCGCGCACUUCUGUACGACUACUCAAAGAUGCAAGACGACUUUGAAUUUCAAUACCAGGGUUUUGAUCGGCAAGAAUCUUGCCGAGCACAGCACGGAAGUCAUCAAAUACCGACUCAGAAAAUGACAACAACAACGACUAUUCCUUCCACAACAACUGAGACUAUUUCAACAACAACAGCUGAUCUUGAGACGUUUUCCUCAAAUCCAGAUUAUUAUCAGUCGACAACAGAGCCAAAUACGGUGGCUUUGGAACCCUUCAACUACGAUGACCUAAAUAUUGAUAUGGAAGAACUGAUGGAUCUUUUCAAUGGCCUGACCGCUACUAGUCCCCCUGUCACGGGAAAGGACGAGCGAUCGAAACCCAUCAAAAUGACAUCAGGUGGCAGCUCAAGAAUCUUUGGGAAAUUUAUCGAGGAUGCUCCGGUGCUAAAAUCAGCAUUUUCUGCUCCCAAAAUCGAGCUUCCUAAAAAACCAUCGGCAACAUCACCAACUACUCCAAAAACACCGACAACACCGUUCAUCCCUUCUGAGCCAAAGUGCUGCGGGGACUAUCCAAAUAUGAAACUGUACAAUCCUGACAGGAGAAAAUGCUGUGAUGGCCGGAUUCGAUCGCUGGGGAGCUGUUGA